AUGUAUGGGUUCCUCUUCAUCCUCCUGUCAUUUGUCGGGAUUAAUCUAACCAGCUUCCCCCAGACCGUCUCGGCCUCCACCCUGAACUUUGUCCCCUGCUACCAGGACUAUCAAUGCGCACGCCUCGAGGUACCCCUGGACUGGUCAGCCUCCCCAAUACCCAACGAUGCCAAUGACACGGCCAUCCUGGCCAUCAUCAAACUGUCCGCGCAGGUUGAUCCUACCGACGAGCGCUACGGGGGCUCCAUCAUCAUCAACCCAGGUGGCCCCGGUGAUUCCGGCGUGCAGGACCUACUCGUCCGAGGUAAAGAAGUCCAGAAAAUCAUUGACAGCCCCAAUGAUGCGCACCAAGCCCGCUUUUUCGAUAUCGUGUCCUUUGAUCCCCGGGGUGUGGGAAAUACCCACCCCCCACUGACAUGCUUCCCGGAUCUGCUUUCCAGUUACCUCUGGGACGAAGCCGUGCAGGCCGAAGGUCUAGUGGAUAGCUCGGACCGUGCGGGCGAUCACCUCUGGUCUCGCAUGCAGGCCCUAGGCACCGCGUGUACGGAUUCCCACAAGCAGGGUGCUGAUAUCGGUCCGUAUAUGAAUACCUGGAGCACGGCACAUGAUCUGCGCCAUCUUACCCAGUUACUCCGACCGGAUUCCCAUAGAGACACGAAGCUACAAUACUGGGGCUACUCGUAUGGAACCCUCCUCAGCAUGACCUACGCAAGCCUCUUCCCCGACCAAGUCCAACGCAUGGUACUAGACGGGGUAGUAGAUGCACCAGGAUGGUACUUGAGUGAUCUCUCUACCUCAUUCCGCGACGCCGAUCGCGUAGUCGACAGUUUCUUCCACUACUGCCAUCAAAUAGGCUAUCCCACUUGCGCCUUCGCCAGCCAUCCCGCCCCCGUCGACGAAACCAACACCCAAGCAACCACCCACCUCAAACAACGCCUUACCAACAUUCUCACCGACCUCAAAACCACCCCUCUUUCAACUGGCUACCCAAGCCCCGAAAUAAUCACCUACUCGGACGUUAAACGCCUCCUCAAAGUCGCCCUAUAUGCCCCCAUCGACCUCUUCCCCAUCCUCGCCACCAUCCUCUCCGACCUCGAGCAGGGAAGCGCAACCAGCAUGGCGGAAUGGAAAUCCAUGCUACGUAACGAAAUGCAACCCCCUCACUGUCUCCAUCCUGAAUGUCAAUCCCAGCCAGCAUGUCGCGAAUCCUGUCAAUAUAUCUUCCGAAUUGAAGUCACUGCGGGUAUUGCAUGCUUAGAUCUGAAUCAGAAACUGCUUAAUGUCGCGAAGGAGACAUACUGGGAGGAGUAUCUCCGUCCCGUGGUGCAAAGUACCCAUUGGGUAGGGGAUGCGUUUGCGGAUUUUGCUAUGCCGUGUGCUAGUUGGGAGGGGAGGGGGCCUGGCUCUUUUGAUGAUAAUGGACCCAUCGGAGCGGAGAGCAUGUCCACGCCGAUCUUAUUCGUCAGUAAUUCUCUAGAUCCGGUAACCCCUCUUGCAGACGCCCACGCCAUGUCUGCCUUGUUCAAUGGGUCCGUGGUUCUGGAACAACUCGCUGAAGGCCACUGCUCUUUUGCAUCCCGUUCGAUUUGCACAGAGAACCAUAUCCGGAAGUACUUCCAAACCGGUACUCUCCCGACACCCGGGACGCAGUGUGAGACUGAUGUACAUCCUCUUGGUGUGGAGGAGACACCUAUCAGGGCUGAUUUCUCUUGGGUGAGAGGGGAGGAAAGGACAGAGUUGUAA